AUGACGGGCAAAGCGGGCGCGGCGCUGGCCCCCAGCCUGCCCGGCAAGCCCAAGCCCGACGGCGCGGCCGCCGCCCCCGCCGCCCCGCCACUGCCUCCGCCGCCCCCCGCGGCUGGGGUCAAGUCCAACUCCGGGCCCACCCCUCCCCGCUGCACCGGCUUCGGCAUCCAGGAGAUCCUGGGCUUGAACAAGGAGCCGCCGUCGCACCCUCGGGCCGCCCUGGACUCUCUGCCCGCCGGGCACCUGCUGGCGGCCCGCUCCGUACUCAGUCCCGCCGGGGUGGGCGGCGUGGGCAUGGGGCUGCUGGGCGCCAGCGGCAUCCCCGGCUUUUACACCCAGCCCACCUUCCUAGAGGUGCUCUCCGACCCCCAGAGCGUCCACCUGCAGCCCCUGGCCCGGGCCCCCGGGCAGCUGGACAGCAGCCAGACGGCCAGCUCAGAUUCCGAGGAUGUCUCCUCCAGCGACCGAAAAAUGUCCAAAUCUUCCUUAAAUCAGAGCAAGAAACGAAAGAAGAGGCGGCACAGGACAAUCUUCACAUCCUAUCAACUGGAGGAGCUGGAAAAGGCCUUCAAUGAGGCCCACUAUCCUGACGUGUAUGCUAGAGAGAUGUUGGCCAUGAAAACAGAGUUGCCAGAAGACAGGAUACAGGUUUGGUUCCAGAACCGCCGGGCCAAAUGGCGGAAGAGGGAGAAGUGCUGGGGCAGGAGCAGUGUGAUGGCUGAGUACGGGCUCUACGGUGCCAUGGUGCGUCACUCCAUCCCGCUGCCUGAGUCCAUCCUCAAGUCUGCCAAGGAUGGCAUCAUGGAGUCCUGUGCCCCUUGGCUCCUGGGGAUGCACAAAAAGUCUCUGGAGGCAGCGGCUGAGGCGGGGAGGAAGACAGAGGUGGAGCGCCAGGCCCUGCCCAAGCUUGACAAAGGUGACAAGGAAGAAAGGGGUCCUGAUCCCAAAACCACCAUUUCCCAGGAGGAACUGAGAGAAAACAGCAUUGCUGCCCUCAGGGCCAAAGCUCAGGAGCACAGCACCAAAGUCCUGGGGACCAUUGCCGGGGACAGCCCAGCCCCAGGCAGGAAGCCGGAGACAGGGGAGGAGGCGGCCGUGGCAGAGGAUGAGAGACAGACGGAGAAACUGAACUCAUCGCAGAAGGAGGAGAAGCUGAUCUAG